GGAGUGGGGCGCAGACGGUCGUGCUCUUCUCAAUCCCUGCCCCGUCCAGUAGCCCUCUUGGUUUCUCGGGUGUCGGUUUCGUUGUGGCGAGGAUCUGGGCGUGAAGACGGGAACGUCACCAAUACAGCUUAUCUUGAACUGGAAAGGAUUCGUUUAAAAUAACAGAGCUGGAUCUCUUCGGGACUGAAAUGGCAGUGUCCACUCUCAACAUGGCACCGUACUUCACUGGUUAUCCCUUCCAAGGUGGUGCGUUUACCGGGCAGGGGAGGGUGAACCAGCUCGGAGGUGUCUUCAUCAACGGCCGUCCACUUCCGAACCACAUCCGGCUGAAGAUCGUCGAGAUGGCAGCCGCUGGAGUCCGGCCCUGUGUCAUCUCGAGGCAGCUGAGGGUUUCCCACGGCUGCGUCUCUAAAAUCCUCAACAGAUAUCAAGAAACUGGGUCGAUACGGCCGGGAGUAAUUGGAGGUAGCAAACCGAGAGUAGCCACCCCGGACGUAGAAAGGAGGAUAGAACAGUACAAACGUGACAGUCCAGGGAUUUUUUCAUGGGAGAUCCGGGAUCGACUUAUCAAAGAUGGCGUUUGCGACAAAAACACGGCACCUUCGGUUUCUUCAAUUUCCCGUCUUCUUCGUGGUGGUCGGAGGGAUGAGGGUGACCUGAGGAAAAAUCAUUCCAUCGACGGCAUUCUCGGUCCUAGCUCCGGUGAGGAUUCGGACACGGAAAGCGAACCUGGCAUACCGCUGAAAAGGAAACAGCGUAGGAGCCGGACCACGUUUACAGGCGAACAGCUGGAGGAACUUGAAAGGGCUUUCCAACGGACCCAAUACCCCGAUGUCUACACGAGGGAAGAACUUGCCCAGAAGACGAAACUGACCGAAGCGAGGGUCCAGGUCUGGUUCAGCAACAGGCGGGCAAGGCUGAGGAAGCAGCUCAACUCGCAGCAGCUGAACGCGUUCAACACCAUGUCUCUCCAGACGGCCUUCUCCACACCGCACCACCACCCGCAAUAUCACCAUCCGAGCUCUUCGGCGACGACGCACACUUCUGAGCACCCCAACAACUUCCCCACACAAGGGCAAUCGCCGGGAUGGAUGAGCCAGCAAGCGCCUUACUAUUCAGCAGCGACCGGCAGCACCACCACGACCUACCCGGAAGGCUACCAGCCGCAGUGCUCGCAGGCAUGGCCUCCUCGGGUCGCCCACGCUCAACCCAAACCGGAACCAUGGGCGGAUACAUACAGUCUUUUUUCGUCGGCGGCGGCGAGCGGAACAGGCCAGAUGUACACGACGGCCCAUUCACCGAGUGAAGCGAAAAGCGGCUACCCAUAUCUUGGCCAACUCGGCUCUGUCGAAGCCGGCCUCUGCGGCAGGGCCCACUAGCCAGCAAAUGAAAAACCGCCGAUUCUCCAAUACAUUAUAUGACGUCCACACAUAAAAAAAAGAACACAAACUUUUAUGUAUAUUACAUAUUUUUUAUAAGAGAAACGCCCGAGUGAUUUAAAUUUUAAACUUUGUGUGUACUUCAUUUUUUCCAGUAUUCCUUCCUAUUUUUCGUCUUGCUUAAUCUCUAAUUUAUUUGUAAAUUUAUUUGUAAUUAUAGUUUAUAUAAUUUAAAAUGCUAAUCGCAGCCCAGUGUUAUUUAGCUGAACUGUUAAUAAAGUGUGUACAUAAUACAUGUCGAGUCUGAUGCAAACAAAGUGAUUUAUUGCAUGUUUAUAUUUCUAAGUAUAUAACAAAAGAUUAUU